UCAAGAUUACUAUCUUUAUUUUAAUUUUAGCGCAAGAGAUGGUUUUCACGCAUUCAUGUUUCUCGUAAUGUUCCAUUUAAAAAUAUUGUGGUUGGAAUUUUGCACUGAUAAUGUCGCAGUAGAUCCAAUGAAUUUUGCUCUAUAAGUUAGUUCUAUAUUAUUGUUUAUGUUUUCUGCCUAAUGGUCCAUGUGGUACAUACUGUCAACUACUAUUAGCUAUAACUGUGCUGCAAUUGAAAAAAGUGGCUGUGGAUUGUUCUCUAAAUUUAGUUUUUCAUUUAGUUCAAGUUUGAGUGAUGUAUCUUUUUUAUGGGAUACUGAAACACCUUGUUACCAUGCCAUACAGGUACUGUACUUAAAACCCAGCUGUUUAUUAUUUUCUUGUCAUGGAAUCACUUCAAUCAUGAAAUAUGUUUUUCUACAAGAGAUGUAGGCCAUGGAACUUCAAAUGAUGUGGUGUUCCCAAAUAUUAUAAAUAUUUACAUACAUCAUCGUGUGCCACAUUUGUUAACAGUGAUACAUGACAAAGAAGUACAAAAUUUGUCUGGUAUCUGUCAGAUACAUGUCUUAGCUUGUUUAACAUGUCUAUAUUUCCAUGCUAUAGAAGGGUAAAGUGUUCUCAGCAUAUUACGGCACCUGUACAUGCCUCUAUAUAGUUAACUAUUGCCCUAAUAAUGUAUAAAAAUGUCUAAAAUGAACAUGCGGUCUUUAUUCCAAAUUAAUUUUUGUUUGACUUGUAAAAUUUCUUUGUUAUUUUUAGAAGGACAAAUUAUACAGACAGAUUCGACAAAUAUUUUAAUCAGGCAUCUCCAAUUGAACAAACAGAAGAAUGAAGUUAAAGAUUCAGGUUCGAGGACUCCAGGGGAAACCACCAGAGGGAAAAGAUCUGCUGCCAGAAGUUUGGAUGUCAACAAUUCAGCAAAGAGAGCUAACUUGGGUACUUCCUCUAGAUCAUCAGUCUAUGAAGAAACAAUUUCUAGAUUUUCACAGCACACACUACAAUCAUUUACAGUUGAGAGGUUACGUGCACUGCUACGACAAAGUGAUCUCUCUACCAAAGGGAAAAAGGAUGAAUUGAUUGCUCGUUUACGAGAAUCGCAGGGUUGACAUGAAGCUCAUAUGUAAUCUUGUCUUGUCGAUCGAACUCCUUCUGACCGGGUUUAAAAGCAGAAUGAGUAUC